AUGAAGAAGAAAGAUGUAAAGGAGAGAAAAGAUCCCAAAGGACUAAUUGGAAAUACUUUGGCCACGAUAGUGUUUUUAAGUAAAUCCCAACGGAAAACAUCUUGUAGUCUUUAUCUAGCUGCCCGGUCAUUAUCGGAUACAGGAUUUCUUAUCACAUUGUUUAUAGUAUGUCUUACGGAUUUAGGUGUCAACAUCUUCAAUGUGGAUGGAAUUUGUCAGGUCGUCAUCUUUUUGACUUACAUUUGUGGUUUUCUAUCCGUAUGGUUUGUAGUAAUGGUCACUGUAGAAAACUACAUACGCAUUUGCCACCCGUUUAGAGUAAACCAGCAUUGUACAGUAAGGACAGCAAAGACUGUCAUAGGAGGAUUUGUAUUUGUAGCGCUACUUCUUUAUAAUUUCCCGUUAUGGACAACGGGGAUACAUGUUGGUCCGGAUGGAAGUAGAAUAUGUGCUCGCCACAGUGUUUACGAUAAAAUCAAUCAGAUCGUUACAUACUCUGACACGGUGAUCACUCUUAUUGUUCCGAUGUUGAUGAUCAUAUUUCUUAUGGUUGCUAUUAUAUAUAGCAUUCUAGAACUUCUUCAUCGACAGGCAAGGCUCAAAGGAAAGCGACAAAAAUGUAAUGAGAGACGCCAUUCAUCACCACAGAGUAAAGUGACAAAGCUUUUGUUUUCAGUGUCGUUCGUCUUUAUAACGCUCACAUUACCAAGUCACGUGAUUCGAAUUCAAAUGACAGUGAAAUAUUUAUAUUUUAGUUCUGCCUCGGUUAUUUGUCCGACAAUGGCAGAGCUAGCUAUUCAGAAAGUAUUUUUGAUCUUAUACUAUUUCAGCUUUUCGGUAACAUUUUGGUGUAUUUAAUAUUUGGUGACAAAUUUCGGAAGAAUUUCAUGGAAAUUUUUUCUUCUAAACGCUGCAUAACUAAGGACGGUGAGGGGGAGACAGUGACAACGCACAUAUCAGAAGUGAAGAAAACUUCCUGUCAGUUUGUGCAGGCUGACCGCUGUACAGAGGUCUGAUAUUGUACAUUAUAUAUGUUGGAUUGUGUUUUGGUGGUGCUUACUCUAUCGAAUACAAUGAAUUUUCUUAUUC